AUGAAGGCUAACAUUCCAGCAAUUUCUGUGGACGGAACCUCGUUCGCCCUGAACGGGAACAACGUGUCGUACCGCCUACACGUCGACAGCACCGGCGAUCUGCAUCUGGGCCAUUUCGGUCCAACCACAGCAGAAGAGCUAUACAAAGAUGACAUCCUGCCCGGGUUUGGCGGCUGGUCCGGUCCUCAUGGCCGCACACGCCGUGAGCUGCCCGAUCUCGGGCGCGGCGACUUGCGCGUGCCCGCGAUCCAGAUCGCACACGACGGCCACACGGUCACCGAGUUCAAAUACCGCUCGCACACGGUUCUCGCGGGCAAACCGGCGCUCGCAGGGCUGCCGGCGACGUUUGGCGAUGCAGACCAGGUGUCGACGCUGGUGGUGGAGAUGUACGACGCCCUCGGCGCCCUCGCGGUGCAUCUGUCGUACUCGAUCUUCCCGCAGCACGACGCCAUCGUGAGAAGCGUCCGGGUCGAGAACCGGGGCAAGAAGCAGGUCACUCUGCAGAAAGUCGCCAGUCUCUCGGUCGACCUGCCGGUCGCCGACAUGGACAUUCUCUCCCUGCGCGGCGAAUGGGCGAGGGAGGCGCAACGGGUGCGCCAGAAGGUGGAAUACGGCGUUCACCAAUUCGGGAGCGUCGCCGGCUACUCGUCGCACAUCUUCAACCCCUUCCUCGGCCUCGUGUCGGCGACAACCACCGAAUCCCACGGAGACGCCUGGGGCUUCUCGCUCGUCUACUCGGGCUCGUUCAGCGCCGAAGUCGACCAGAGCUCGCAGGGCCUGAUCCGCGCCGUGCUGGGCCUGAACCGGGAGCAUCUGGCGUGGCCGCUGCCCCCGGGCGAGUCCUUCACCACCCCGGAGUGCGUGGCUGUGUUCUCUCGCGACGGCAUCAACGGCAUGUCGCAGCGCUUCCAUGGGCUGUACCGCGAGCACUUGAUCCGCAGCGUGUACGCCCACCAGCCUCGCCCGCCGCUUCUCAACAGCUGGGAGGGGCUGGUCUUUGACCUGGACGAGACGGCCGUCUACGAGCUGGCGGCCGAUUCGGCGCAGCUGGGCGCAAAGCUCUUCGUCCUCGACGACGGCUGGUUCGGCGUCAAGUACCCUCGAGUGGCAGACAACGCCGGGCUGGGCGACUGGGAGCCCAACCCUGCACGCUUCCCCGACGGGCUGCAACCGCUCCUGCAGAGGAUCACCGCGCUGCGCGUCGCCGGGACGGCAGAGGAGACGCUCCAGUUCGGGCUCUGGCUGGAGCCGGAGAUGGUGAGCCCGGCGUCGGAGCUGUACGACGCACACCCGGACUGGGUGCUGCACGCCGGCGACUAUCCUCGCACCGAGACGCGGUUCCAGCUGGUGCUCAACCUGGCAAUGGCCGAGGUGCAGGAGUUCAUCAUCGACUUUGUCUCCAAGCUGCUGCGCGAGCUGCCCAUCCGCUACAUCAAGUGGGACAACAACCGCGCCAUGCACGAGCUGCCCUCGCCGGCGACGGCGCACGCCUACCUCCUCGGUCUGUAUCGAGUGCUGGACGUGCUGACAACGCGGUUUCCCUCCGUGCUGUGGGAGGGAUGUGCGUCGGGUGGUGGCCGUUUCGAUCCAGGCAUGCUGUUCUAUUUCCCGCAGAGCUGGACGUCCGACAACACCGACGCCGUCGAGCGCAUCGCCAUCCAGCUGGGCACCUCGCUGGUCUAUCCCGCUUCGUCCAUGGGGGCGCACAUCUCCGCCGUCCCCAACGGGAUCACGCAUCGCACCACUCCCUUGACCUUCCGCGCCCACGUCGCCAUGAUGGGCGGCUCGUUCGGCCUCGAGCUGGACAGCCGCACGCUCGACGAGGCCGAACGAGCCGCCAUCCCGCCGCUGAUUGCUCUCGCCGAGAAGAUCAACCCGCUCGUCAUCAAUGGUGAUCUCUGGCGUCUGAGACUGCCAGACUCCAACUACCCGGCCGCCAUCUUCGUCUCCAAGGAUCACACGCAGGCGGUGCUCUUUGCCUUUCAGAUCCGCGCCACCAUCAACCACUCCUUUCCUGUGCUCCGGCUGCAGGGACUGGAUCCUGCCGCGCGGUAUACCGUCGACGGCAAGGGCGCGUAUCUGGGCUCGACGCUGAUGAACGGGGGGAUGCAGCUGGGCUUCACGGGAGACCAUCACAGCCGUGUCAUUUUCUUGACUGUAGUUGUCUAA